UUCGGGUGAAAAUGGGUUUUUAGCACACCUUUGACGUCAUUCGAUCAGCAUUGCCUCUAAUCACAAGACUUGAAGGCUGGUGUAAAACAUUAAUAAGGGUGAAAGCCUUCGUUAAUUUCUCUAUUACUACGUCCUCUGGGAUGCUGAUGCUGUGUUGUCAUGGUUUCUAAGUCAUGACGGUGUUGGCGAUGAAGGAAUGUAGCCUGGAUUGAUACAGCAUCUUUCCGUGUGUCUGUAUCCGCAGUAAAAGCGCGAUUGGGGAUGUAGAAAGCGACUGCCUAGGAGCGCAAUCACUACACAUAGGGAUCAAUUCACAUUCCCUGGACUUAAGUGUUUUUGUGGUUUUUAUACACCGUUUUCGAAGGACGCACUGUUUAUCAUGUCUGCCAAGGAAAGACUCAAAGGCAAGAUGACCAAAGACAGCGUUACCUUGCUACCCUGCUUUUAUUUCGUUGAGCUCCCAAUUCUGGUGUCGUCUGUGGUCAGUUUGUAUUUCUUGGAGUUGACGGACAUUUUUAAGCCGGUGCGAUCGGGGUACAGCUGCAAUGAUCGUAGUCUCAGCAUGCCUUACAUUGAGCCCACAAAGGAGGUUGUUCCCUUUCUGAUGCUCUUUAGCCUGGCUUUUGCUGGGCCAGCAGCAACAAUUAUGAUUGGGGAAGGAAUCCUAUACUGCUGUCUGGCCAGAAGAAAUCUUGCCAUCAAAACAGAGGCUAACAUAAAUGCUGCAGGCUGCAAUUUCAACUCGUACAUCCGCCGGGCUGUAAGGUUUGUGGGGGUUCAUGUGUUUGGUCUGUGCAUCACAGCACUCAUCACAGACAUCAUCCAGUUGUCCACAGGAUACCACGCCCCCUACUUCCUCACUGUGUGCAAGCCCAAUUACACCAGUCUCAACACUUCCUGUGAUGAGAGCUCUUUCAUUGUGGAUGACAUCUGCUCUGGACCUGAUUCAGUAGCCAUUGAUGCUGGCAGGAAGUCUUUCCCAUCUCAGCAUGCCACUCUGGCAGCCUUUGCGGCUGUGUACAUCUCCAUGUAUUUCAAUGCCACUCUUACUGACAACUCUAAGCUCUUAAAGCCCCUCUUGGUUUUCUCCUUCAUCAUCUGUGGAAUUAUAUGUGGCCUGACUCGCAUCAUUCAGUUCAAGAACCAUGCUGUAGACGUCUAUUGUGGCUUUCUCAUAGGAGGGGGCAUCGCUGUUUACCUGGGUCUGUACGCAGUUGGCAACUUUAAAACCAGCGAGGACACAUCUCUAAAAGCACAACAUCAACGUCAAAAUCAACAUCAACAUCAGAAUCAACAUCAGCAUCACCGGCAACCGCAACAACCACAACCUCCACCACAGCCCCAACCAGUAGUGCCACCACCUGCCAUGCGAGAGCCUCUGAGAACACUACCCAACUUGAACGCAGAUCUACCACGCUAUCUACCACCCAAGAGCUUUAGCAUGAGAGAACGUCCCACCUCGGCACGCUCUGAGAGCAUCCUGCUUCGCGGACCCUCCUCCCGAGACAGCUCCAUGUCCUUGAAGAGGGCAAGCACAGAGGUGGAGUGCAUUACGCCACCAAGCCCAAUCUGCAAAGAAAGUUUUGUGACGUUCAGUAACACUCUGCCUCGCGUGCACUCGACAGGGGUUGAGGAACCUGUGCCUCGCCGCCACGCUGCUAUCCAUACCUCCAUGGACUCUACACGUUCCAAGCAGCUGCUCUCACAAUGGAAAAUCAAGAACGAGAACCGCAAGAUGUCACUGCAGGUAAUGGAGACAGAAGCUGGGCAGUCUCCACAACGCAACAUGGAGCUCCGUUGCAGUUCGGAGCCCUCUGCUGUGGGCUUGGAUGGGGAGCUCCGUGGUGGACCUCCCGGGCAGUACAUGAAGCUUUCCGCCAGCACUGUGCCAUUAGCCAAUCAUAAUAAUACAGGUGGCCUUGCGGGUGGAGCCAGGGUAUCAAUCCAAUCACGACCAGGUUCCUCCCAAUUGGUGCAUAUUCCAGAGGAGACGCAAGAGAACACAUGCUCUUCCCCUCAGGAGGAUUGUGAGGAGGAGACUGAUGAUGGUGGAGGGGGCGGGACUGCACGCUCUAAAUGGCUGAAGGUGGCAGAGAAGAGCACUGUCUGCAGGACUAACAGCCAGCCGCGUAUCAUGCAGGUCAUCGCUAUGUCCAAGCAACAGGGUAUGCUGCACGGCAGUCCUAAAAGUGAUGCCAGUACCGUGAGCUGUACCGGCUCCAUCCGCUAUAAAGCCCUGAUGGAUCAGGAGCCCAACGCAGGCAUUAUUAGAGUAGAAGCCCACCCGAAGAACAAACCUGUGGUUAAGCCCCCAUCCACAGACGGCAGCGGCUCCUGGAGGUGGAAGCCGCAGGAACGCAUCAGCAUCCGCCAGUCCCUGGAGCUCAAUGACCUCAACCGGGAUUCAGAGAGCUGCGAGUCGUUGAAAGAUGGCUACGGCUCCAUUGACGGCAUUCGAAGUCUACCUGACAUGAGCAACCCACAUCACCCCCAUUUUCACCAUCAUCACCAUCAACAGAGCAUCACGACCAUACGAGUCACGCCGGUGGAAGGGAGCAGCGAAGCCACCUCGGAAACGCUCUCCACCACCUCUAGUCGAGACUCCACCCUACGCAGAAAGGGCAACAUUAUCCUGCUACCAGACAGAGGACCCAGUCCUGAGAACACCAGGAACCUGCCUCACUUUUUUAAAUCCUCUCCUACACCUCCCCCCAUUUUGACUUUCAAAGAGUGAAGGGCGUCUCAUUUUUCCUGACCAUUCCCAAGAGUUGCCUUGCUCUCCAAACUUUAAAGACUUGAUACUCUUUGGGACACUGAGUAGAGCCAAUCGGGAUAUCCACAUUGACAAACCUGUACUCUUUAGAACAAGGCAGCGCCGUGCAUUUUCAGUCAACAUUACAUUCUCUUGGUCUCUUGUUACUAAUACAUUUAAUAAGCACAAAAUUUGAGGUUGUUUGGUAAAGGUGAUCGUGUGUUCUGCCUAUUUCAUUAUAAAGCUUUGCUAUCAGAUCCGUCGUCUUGCUGGAAUAUGUCUGUUGUCUCAUGGCAACGUGGGUGCUUUCAAAAACAAUUUCAUACCACAACUUUGUACAUUUAUAUAUAUUUUCUCAAUAUAACUAUUUGUAUACUGUAUGUACACUCAUUGCUUAUGGCUGAUAAUUGCUUUCAAUAUCCGGCAAAGAAACAUUUUUGCUAGGCGUUCGGUAAGAGCUCCUAGGCGAAUAGGAGAAUGUUAUUGUGAUGGAUGUUUACAGAGAUGUUUUGUUCACCGGAGAUGGGUUGGGGGGCUUGUUUAACCACAUGCACUGUGUGUUUUGGUGACCAUGAAUGAGCUAUUUCAAUUCAGACAGCUGAAAGCGCUCUUUGCUGGCAUAGAGACAAUAAAUGAUUAGAAAGACUUCGCUUUUAAUAUUAUAAUGCAGAGAACAAUACAUUCUUAAGAAAUUUAUGUCAUUUGCCUUUUUAUAUUAUAUAACUUUCUCGUACUAAUGAGUAGUAUCUUAGCUAUUGAUUUGCAACCACGUUGUAAUUGUCUUUAUGACUUAUUGCUGUAUAUUUACAGCAAAGUAUUGUGAAUCCCUUUCCCCCAUUUAGUCUGACAGAAUGAAAUUAUAAAGCCACUGAAGGUGCAUCCUCCUCUCCAUUUUAAAGUGUGUGGGCAUAAACAAAUGACUCAUAGUCCACACUGCUGCACAUCGCAGUGAAUUUCACAAUUUAAGAGCAAUAGGAGCGCCCCAAAGUAUAUUGGGAAUUGAUUUCUUAUUUUUUUAAGCAUCUAAAAAAAUACUAAUCAUAUUCAUAGAGUGCCUCAACAAAUGAUAUGCUUUUUAGCUAGUGAAUAAUUGUGUCUUGCGAGAACUGUGCAGAAAAAAGUACACUUGUUGCUAUAGUAAUGGUGCAGAAUUGAUAGGUGUCUUAAAGUGUGUAUUUACAUUAAAUAACCACUAUCUGUGCCACCAAAUGGCAAUGGGCAGUUGGCACAGUCAUUGCAUGACAACACAUGCUGCCUACUAACACAUUUUCAUAAAAUACCCCAAAUAUACAAUGUUAGGGUUUGUCCUGUGUGACGUGUAUUUCUAAACAGUUCUAAACUGUGUAUUUGUAUUUCUAGCACACUGUUUACAUCCUUGUUAGGAUCAUAUUGUAAAAGAUUGCCAAAUAAGAAUGUAUUAUUAACAAAUCGAUGGGUACAUUUAGUUGAUUCAUGUACAGUUUGAUUUAUAUGAUGUUGUUUUUUUAUUAAACUGGUUUGUUUAUUAUAUUUUGAUGUUUCGGUUUUAACAGAGUGAAUUAGAAACAACACAUUUUAAAGGUUUUAUAUAUAUAUGUCUUGUACAGUAUAAUUGUUGGUUUACAAACUCUGGCUUUAACCUGUCCUUACAUAUGCAUGGUGAUUUACUACUGUAUUUACUGUAAGAAUUUGUUUUGUUUUGCUUUUCUUUUGUAAAUUCUUUAUCUUUAAUAGUGAUGGGUGGUAACUUGAUUUAUACUUAAAAUCAUUCUGGUAAAUCAACUGAAUAAUUAUGAAAUCUUUGUACCCUGUAAAUAGAUAUUUGGAACUUUAACUUGUGUGACGCUUAAAUCAGUGGUUCUCAAAUAUUUUGUUGUGCCACCCCCC